GAGCCAAUGCCUUUGGGCAGCUCUCUGAGAAAUAAGACGUGUGAUAAAUGGCCAUGAGAACCAUGGAGAGCAUCGAGGAGAAGCUCACUGUUCGAGAGCAAGCCUGCUCAGCUGGCUGCAUGCUUCUGGCGACCUGCAUCCAGGGAGCGGGCACUGGGCUCGUGGGCGUCUUCAUCGCCCAUCUCAUUCGAGAUGUCCAGAUCUUGGGGUUCGGGCACGACCACGGGGGCUUCUUGGAGAUCGCCCUUGAGGCGGACCCCUACCGGCGGAUGAUCUGCGUGCUUAGUGGCGGACUGAUUGGUGCCAUCGCCUGGUACUGGCUGCGGGGCCGGCCAACAUACCUCGUCUCAGUGGACGAGAGUCUGAAAGGCGCGAAAAUGCCGCCCGUGGCCACCGUGCUGAAUGCCAUGGUGCAGGACAUCGUGGUGGCCUUGGGUGGCUCCUUCGGCCGCGAGGCGGCGCCCCGGGAGAUCGCCGCCAUGUGGGGCGGCGCAGUGGGGGAUGUCUUCAGGGUUUCAUCCCAGCAGCGCAAGG